GCUGUCCAACGGCUCCAACGCCAUCCGGGACCUGGAGUGGGUGAUCUUUGACGAGGUUCACUACGACAACGACGAUGAGUCGCACCAAGCGUCGCUGUGUCCGUGUUCUGAGCACCCCGCGCCGCCCGGUGCCGCUGGAGCAUUUCCUGUUCACCGGGAACAGCGCCCGGAACCGGCACCAGCUGUUCCAGCUGCUGGGCCCAGGGGGGGCCUUCAGCACCCAGGGGUACUACGCGGCGGUGGAGGCCAAGAAGGAGCAGAGCAGCAAACACGCGCAGAGCUUCGGGGCACGGCAGCCCACCAUGGGAGCCCCCAACCCUGGGCAGACCCUCCGUGAGCGGGAGCUGCUCCCGGCCGUCACCUUCACCUUCUCCCGUGGCCGCUGCGAGGAGCAGGCGGCCGCCCUGGGCUCCCUGGAGCUGCUGAGCGGCGCCGAGCGCGCCCAGGUCCGGCACUUCCUGACGCGCUGCCUGGCCCGGCUGCGCAGCUCCGACCGGCGCCUGCCACAGGUGCUGCAGCUGUCGGAGCUGCUGCAGCGCGGCAUCGGCGUCCACCACGGCGGGGUCCUGCCGCUGCUCAAGGAGGUGGUGGAGAUGCUCUUCAGCCAGGGGCUGGUGAAGGUGCUGUUUGCCACCGAGACCUUCGCCAUGGGGGUGAACAUGCCGGCGAGGACCGUCGUCUUCGACUCCAUCCGCAAACACGACGGGAAUGGCUUCCGGGAUCUCCUGCCCGGCGAGUACACGCAGAUGUCGGGGCGCGCCGGCCGCCGCGGGCUGGACACCACCGGCACCGUCAUCAUCCUCUGCAAGGGAGCCGUGCCCGAGCUGUCGGAUCUGCACCGCAUGAUGCUGUGUCACUGCCAUGUUCCCACCGUGUCCCCCGAUGGCUUCGGCUCCCAACGGUCGCUCCCCGGCGCUGGGUCCAGAGCGGCCCGAGGAGGGGAUGCUCUGUGUGCCGGAACGCUGCUGACAGCACUGAAAACCUGUGUGCUUCGUGGUGUCCAUCGCCCAGCUGGCAACGAUUCCCUGGUGUUUGGUGCAUUAAGUCACACCCAGCUGUGUGGGAUGGCAGAGUCAGGUGGGCCCUUUAUUGAACAGAUUUAUCUGCUACAAGGCUACGCAGAAGGAUGGAAAGGAGGAACACAGGGGGAAAAAAAAAUAGAUGAAAGGCCAUGCAUUGAUCACCUGAUGUACUCCAGAGACAAACAUGGCUAUUACAGGGGCUGGUUCUGGGGUAACAAGGAAACACAAGGCCUAAACACCUCUGGCUUGUCUGUCCAAGGAUCUGCCUCAAUUGUGGCUCCCAUCCUUCUGAAGAACUCUUCAGCACAAGGCAGGGUUCCUGGACGAGGUGACCCAGGACAGCUUCGUGCUGGGCCCGGGCUACGACCGCCCCUAGCAGCUGGAGCCCGCGGUGAGGGAGCCCAAGAGCAUCCAGCUGUACCAGCACCUCAGCCUCAAGAGCUGCAUCUGGACCUUCGACGCUUAUUACGACAUGACCGAGUUAAUUGAUGUCUGUGGGGGCUCUGUCACCGCUGACUUCCAGGGAUCCAGACGGACAGCGUGCUCUCGGCCCGCCUGCAGAUAAUCCCCAUCUACAUCCGCGAGGACGGACGGCUGGUCAGCGAGUUCAGGACGCAGGCCAAGUUCAGAGGUGAGGGCAGUGAUCCUGGCAGGGACACAGAGCAGGGUCACACAGAGCUCUGCUCUGACGGCACAGGCAGCGGAACGAGUCCCUGUCCCUGCCGGGAGCCCCUCUGGCC